CUCCUUCAAUUGUACUUUCAAUAACGGAGUCAGCAUCAUGGUGCAGGUUGCUCUGGGCCCAGAUGCAUCUGGAGAAAAGUAUCUCCAUAGGAAGACGAGUCCACAGGUUGACACUGCCAAGAAAGAAGAGAAGAUAUCUUUUCCUGCAGGUAAUCAUCAUCUUUGACAUCUGCUGCAUCUUCACCCCAAGGAUGCUGACCACAUCGCUCCUUAUUUUCACCAUGAUGGUUCUGACUAGAGCAAAUAACAGCUCUGAUGUGCUGUCUAUCAACAGGACUGUAACCAUCAAUGAAGGAGGGCCUUGUCCUAACCAGUGGGAUUAUUAUGAAGGUCGCUGUUUCCACUUUGUUCCAAGAUCCUUGACUUGGGCGAAGGCCCAGUCAAGCUGUCGGUCCAUGGACGCAAACCUUGCAUCGAUACACAGCAUUGAGGAGUACCAUAAGAUUCAGAGCAUUAUAGAGGACCAUGCUGCAGACAAUAAAAACACAUGGAUUGGAGGCUCAGAUUGCCAAGAGGUAAACGCUUGGUACUGGAUUGAUGGUACACGUUUCAACUUCCAAGAAUGGUGUGGUGGUCAACCUGAUAGUCCCACUCAGAACUGUAUCCAGAUUAAUUAUGGAGGUGGCAAAUGCUGGGAUAACUUGGAGUGCGACGUUGCACUUGCAUCGAUGUGUGUGAAACAGGCCAAUUAAUCCUGAGCUGAUGCAGAGACAUGCAUCCAACUCACACAUUUAGUGGAGGAGCGAUUGUGUGAAUGUUUGCAUCAGCAGUCCUAAAGUCUAAAUCUUAAGUCUCUACAUCUCAUAUCUCAACUGUAAUCAUUUAUAUUUCUGUUUAACUAUACAGGAUGAAGCGACAAGAGCAGAUGUGGCCCAUGUCCAUGCAAAAUCAGCUAAAUAAUGUCUUCAAUAAGCUUGAAUAGUUAUAAAACAAAUGCUUUAUAAUCCUCACAAGCAAACAAAAAUGCUUCUUGUAUUACCGGUUUCCAAAAUUAAAAGUUUCAA